UUAAACAUUCAACGAACGCAAAUCGAGCCUCGAGCAACGAAUAGAAACGAAGAGAAAAUCGUGUGUAAAAAUCAUGUCCGACAUUCAGGUUAAUGUGCAGUGCGAGUGCUACCAUCGUCGCGGAUUGCUGUACUUGGCCAAUCCCCUGGCCUGGGGACGUCCCUGUCGCCGUUGCCGUCGCAUGAUGAGCCGCAAUAUUGUGGUGGUGCCAACCACCGUGGCAGUGCCAGCAGCCACCUCUGGCCCGUGCUGUGGACGCACCCAAACCACUGUGGUGCAGAGUGUGCCAGCAGUCAACUAUCAUCAGGUGCAGCAGCAGCAGCAGAUGCAGCAGCAGCAGCAGCAAUAUCCACCGAUGAAUGCCUCCGCUUUGCCACCAAAGUACGACCAGGCGGUGGCCUCCUACUAAUCCCGAAGGGUUCUUCUUUCGUUUCGUGAUCAUUUGUAACCUUUUUGUGGAAAUAAAAAUCGUUUAAGGAACAUUGCA